AUGCUGCAGGUUAAUGGGCCUGAUGGCAUUCUGCAGAAUGGAGCUGUGGAUGAUAACGUGGCUAAAACCAGCCAGCUUCUGGCAGAGCUGAACUUUGAGGAAGAUGAGGAAGAUACCUAUUACACAAAGGACCUUCCUGUGCAUGCCUGCAGCUACUGUGGGAUCCAUGACCCAGCUUGUGUGGUUUACUGCAACACCAGCAAAAAAUGGUUCUGUAAUGGACGUGGAAAUACUUCGGGCAGCCACAUCGUUAACCAUCUCGUGAGAGCGAAGUGCAAGGAGGUGACUCUCCAUAAGGAUGGGCCUCUGGGAGAGACUGUCCUGGAGUGUUACAACUGCGGAUGUCGUAACGUGUUUCUCCUGGGCUUUAUUCCAGCCAAGGCAGACUCUGUGGUGGUUUUGCUGUGCAGGCAACCAUGUGCCAGUCAGAGCAGUUUAAAGGAUAUUAACUGGGACAGUUCCCAGUGGCAGCCUCUCAUCCAGGACCGCUGUUUCCUUUCGUGGCUGGUAAAGAUUCCAUCUGAACAGGAACAGCUGAGAGCACGUCAGAUUACAGCUCAGCAGAUUAACAAACUGGAAGAACUUUGGAAGGAAAAUCCGUCUGCAACCCUGGAGGAUUUAGAAAAGCCAGGUGUUGAUGAAGAGCCGCAGCAUGUUCUUCUCAGAUACGAAGAUGCUUAUCAGUACCAAAAUAUAUUCGGGCCUCUAGUCAAGCUUGAGGCGGACUAUGACAAGAAACUCAAGGAGUCUCAGACUCAAGAUAACAUCACAGUCAGAUGGGACUUGGGCUUGAACAAGAAAAGAAUUGCUUAUUUCACUUUGCCGAAGACUGAUUCAGAUAUGCGUCUUAUGCAAGGAGAUGAGAUCUGCUUGAGGUAUAAGGGAGACCUGGCUCCUUUGUGGAAGGGAAUUGGUCAUGUUAUCAAAGUUCCUGAUAAUUAUGGUGACGAGAUAGCCAUCGAGCUAAGAAGCAGCGUUGGAGCACCUGUGGAAGUUACUCAUAACUUCCAAGUCGAUUUUGUGUGGAAGUCUACUUCAUUUGACAGAAUGCAGAGUGCUUUAAAAACAUUUGCUGUGGAUGAGACUUCAGUGUCUGGGUACAUCUAUCACAAGCUGUUAGGCCAUGAGGUAGAAGAUGUAAUUAUUAAAUGCCAAUUGCCAAAGCGCUUUACAGCACAAGGACUUCCUGAUCUCAACCAUUCUCAGGUUUAUGCUGUGAAGACUGUCCUGCAGAGGCCUCUGAGUCUCAUUCAGGGUCCCCCUGGUACAGGAAAAACAGUGACAUCGGCCACAAUUGUCUAUCAUCUGGCUAGACAGGGCAAUGGGCCUGUGUUGGUCUGUGCUCCGAGUAACAUAGCUGUAGAUCAGUUGACUGAGAAGAUUCACCAAACUGGACUGAAAGUGGUUCGUCUGUGUGCUAAAAGUCGUGAGGCAAUUGACUCUCCUGUGUCCUUCUUGGCAUUACACAACCAAAUCAGAAACAUGGAUAGUAUGCCAGAGCUUCAGAAACUGCAGCAGCUUAAAGAUGAAACUGGAGAACUGUCAUCUGCUGAUGAGAAACGUUACCGGGCACUGAAACGAACGGCAGAGCGUGAAUUACUUAUGAAUGCAGACGUGAUCUGUUGCACGUGUGUGGGAGCUGGCGAUCCAAGACUUGCAAAAAUGCAGUUCCGCUCCAUUUUGAUUGACGAAAGCACCCAGGCCACUGAGCCGGAGUGCAUGGUGCCCGUGGUCCUGGGAGCAAAACAGCUGAUUCUCGUGGGUGACCACUGCCAGCUGGGGCCCGUGGUGAUGUGCAAGAAGGCAGCCAAGGCCGGGCUGUCGCAGUCCCUCUUCGAGAGGCUCGUGGUGCUGGGGAUCCGGCCCAUCCGCCUGCAGGUGCAGUACCGCAUGCAUCCCGCGCUCAGCGCCUUCCCAUCCAAUAUCUUCUAUGAGGGUUCACUCCAGAACGGCGUUACUGCAGCUGACCGUGUGAAAAAGGGAUUUGACUUCCAGUGGCCGCAGCCAGAUAAACCAAUGUUUUUCUAUGUUACACAAGGACAAGAGGAAAUUGCCAGUUCAGGCACCUCUUAUUUAAACAGGACUGAAGCAGCCAAUGUGGAGAAGAUAACGACAAAGUUAUUGAAGGCUGGUGCCAAACCAGAUCAGAUUGGCAUUAUUACUCCCUAUGAAGGUCAACGAUCUUACCUGGUGCAGUACAUGCAAUUCAGCGGUUCCUUGCAUACAAAACUUUACCAGGAAGUGGAAAUUGCGAGCGUGGAUGCCUUCCAGGGCCGAGAGAAGGACUUUAUUAUCCUUUCUUGUGUAAGGGCCAACGAACACCAAGGAAUAGGAUUUCUGAAUGACCCUAGGCGUCUUAAUGUGGCUCUUACAAGAGCAAGGUAUGGAGUAAUCAUUGUUGGGAACCCAAAAGCGCUGUCUAAACAACCAAACCUCCGGGAGAGUCUCAUGCAGUUCAGCAAGCCCCGGAAACUUGUCAACACCAUCAAUCCUGGUGCCCGUUUUAUGACUACUGCCAUGUACGACGCACGUGAGGCCAUUAUUCCAGGAUCUGUCUAUGACCGGAGCAGUCAAGGGCGCCCAUCCAACAUGUACUUCCAAACCCAUGACCAGAUCGGGAUGAUUAGUGCUGGCCCCAGCCACGUCACUGCUAUGAACAUUCCCAUCCCUUUCAACCUCGUGAUGCCACCCAUGCCACCACCGGGAUACUUUGGCCAGGCCAACGGACCAGCUGCAGGACGCGGGGCACCAAAAGGAAAGACCGGGCGCGGUGGGCGUCAGAAAAACCGUUUUGCGAUUCCUGGAACUAGUCAGUCAAACCUUCCAAACAGCCAAGCGAGCCAGGAUGUGGUGUCCCAGCCGUUCUCCCAGGGCCCCCUGACUCAGGGGUAUAUCUCCAUGAGUCAGCCGUCGCAGAUGAGCCAGCCUGGGCUCUCCCAACCAGAAUUAUCACAGGACAGUUACCUUGGUGAUGAGUUUAAGUCUCAGAUCGAUGUGGCGCUGUCACAGGACUCUACUUACCAGGGUGAACGUGCAUAUCAACAUGGCGGAGUGACGGGACUGUCACAGUAUUAGAGUGUUGAGGAAGAAGAGCUAAGCUUGUGUGGAGCUUAGUUCAUCAGCAUUUUAUUCUGGGUAAUA